AUGACUGUCCACAACAUUGCUACCGUCGCCGAGUUCAAGGAGGCCAUUGCCAAGAACCCCAUUGUUGUCCUUGACGCUUUCGCUACCUGGUGCGGUCCUUGCAAGGCCAUCGCUCCCACUGUCGCCAAGUGGUCCGAGGAGCCUCAGUUCAAGGACACCGUCUAUUUCGCCAAGUUCGACGUCGACGCCCUUCCCGACCUCGCUCAGGAGCUCGGCAUCCGCGCCAUGCCCACUUUCGUCAUCUUCAAGAACGGCGACAAGGCUGACGAGUUCGUCGGUGCCAACCCCCCUGCUCUCCUGGCCACCAUCACCAAGCAACUUUGA